GUGGGCACCCCAAGCAACUCUCUAUCCAUCUAUGGAGGACUUUACAUACUGAUGGGCCGAAAUUCAAUACCUUGACAUAUAAUAUGCGAUCACCAGUUUUUAACGAGCUUAGGAGAGCUCUUUCAAAGUUGCCAAACCAAGGGAGGAUCGUAACAUACGAAGGACAAGAUGCUGAGGGGAAAUCGGAAUCUGGUGACAAGGAGUACCCUUGCCUCCUACGGGCGACAGAUGGCAAACACACUACAAUCUCCACCCACAUCUUAUCAAGUUCACUUCCAGCUUUCCAUGCUCAAUAUGGAACCCUAUUGAAGUCUACCAUGACACAAACGCUCCGCAAAAGGGACAAAAAGAAAGAGAAAGCACGAUUAGAGCAGCUCGCUUUGAAAAAGAAGAAGAUAAUGGAAGGUGUUCAAGUAGUAGGACCAAAGAGGGGUAACCGACGAAGGAAACGGGUCAGGCUUGAGAAGGUGAAGCAAAGGUUGGAGGAAAGUCGGAAGCGCUUUGAGGAGCGAGAGAGGAAAGCAAGGUAG